AAGAAGGGCAUUUUCGUCCACAAGAAAUAUACUUGAGACUUCAGAUUUUUGAUCCAGGCUGGCACGGUAUUAAAAAAUAAAAUAAAAAACAAAAUCGCCGCUGUUUCCAGGGAGGUUUGGAGUGUUUACGGCCCGCGCCACAACACCUUUUCGGACGUCUCUAUCUUCUCAGGCAAGCAAGCUUCCCACCCGGAGAUGCCUACGCCGGCCGUCCAUCUCAUCUCAACUUCCACCGUCAAACCAUGCUUCUCACGACACUACCAACCACCGCAGCGGUGCAACCUAACGCCUUGGGAUCUCUCCAUCCUCUCCGUUCACUACAUCCAAAAGGGCCUCCUCUUCUACAGACCUAACUCAUCAGACGGCCAAGAACAAGAAGGGCUCACAAUCACCACCAUCAUCGAACGACUCAAGCACUCCCUCUCUCACGCGAUCGCUCACUUCUACCCCCUCGCCGGCCGCCUCGUGACGGAGAUGGAUCCCUCCUCUUCCUUCAUUCACAUCUUCAUAGACUGCAACGACGCAGGAGGUGAGUUCAUUCACGCCGCCGCUGAUAUGACUGUUGCUAACGUCCUCUCCCCUCCAGACGUGCCUCCCAUCGUCCGUUCUUUCUUCCCUCUCACCGGAGCCGUCAAUCACGACGGCCACUCCCUUCCAUUGUUCGCUGUGCAGCUUACGGAGCUCAUCGAUGGCUUCUUUCUAGCAUGCUCGUUCAACCACGUCGUUGGCGACGGCUCUUCUUUCUGGCAUUUCUUCAAUUCCUGGUCCGAGAUCUCUAGAAAAUCGAUACCAUUAGAAAGCGACCAUGUCGAGAUCACACGGCCACCAGUCAUCGCACGUGACUUUAUCCACGACGUCGAAAAAUCUCCCGUCCGACUACAUUUCUCCCACCCUGACGAAUUCAUCGAUAGAUUUUCGCUCCCACCACUCCGGGAGAGGUUCUUCCAUUUCGCAGCUGAGUCGAUAGCUAGGCUGAAAGCUAAGGCCAACGAAGAACAGAAGACGGGUAACAAGAUCUCAUCCUUCCAGGCCUUGAUGGCCCACCUAUGGAGAUCGAUGACGCGGGCCCGAAGAUUGCCUGAUGAUCUGACUACAUGCUGCAGGUACGCUAUCGACAAUAGAUCGAGGUUGGAUCCGCCUCUGUCACGUGACUACUUUGGUAAUUGCAUCCAAUCCAAACCUGUGACGGCCACCGUGGGGGAGUUGCUUGCCAACGGCCUCGGAUGGGCAGCGUGGUUGUUGCACGAUAGCGUGGUGAGCCACAGCGACGCUACCGCGCGCCAGGCGUACCGAGCUUGGAUCGAAGCGCCAUUCGUUUACAGUCUUAGGAUAUUGGAUGCUGGGGCGGUGGUGAUAGGGAGCUCGCCAAGGUUUGACGUGUACGGUGUGGAUUUCGGAUGGGGAAAGGCUGUAGCGGUUAGGAGCGGUCAGGAUAACAAGUUUGAUGGGAGGGUGAUAGCAUUCCCUGGUAGAGAAGGGGGCGGAAGCGCUGAUAUGGAGAUCUGUCUUGCGCCGGAGGUGAUGAGCGCACUCGAGUCGGAUGAAGAUUUCAUGGAUGCCGUCUCUCCUACAAACGAAAGAGACACGGUGGGCCCCACAGCAUCACAACCCACAGCAGUGCAAUUGGAUGGCGUUCUUUGACCUCUACACCGAUUGAUUAGCCGUCGUUUGUCGCGACUCAGGAUCACCAUCAUCCGUCGCCUUAUCCACGCCUCACGAUGAGACGUUACCUGCUGAUCCCAAUCGACCGUACACGUUCUCGGUCGACAUGCGGAGGCUUUUCAGGUGUUGUCAGGUGUUCCGUUUCU